AUGACGUUCACCGCGGCGGUGUGGGGUCCUCGAGGCUCUGCGCCCAACAUGUCGUGUGCCAUCGCGACUUUGACGUCCAGCGGACAGGUGGGCGUGUACUACCCAUCCACAUUGGACUUGCAAUGGAAGGAAGUGGUGUCAGUGUCGAGUCUCUUGAAGCGCCACGUAGCCGCCAACUCGUGGUCGCACGUCACCGCGGCCAUCGAGGCGCACAACGCGACAGACUUGCUCGUCACGGUGCCGUUGUCGCGCUUUCCCCAGCAGCAAAAAAACAAAGCCAGCAUCAACGCCGCGUUCGACGCCAAGCGACAGAAACUGUCGGCGUCGUUCGUCGACAAGGUGGAACUGCAGUCGGUUACCACGUUGGCGUGGUCCACUGCAACCUACGACCCGACGACGGGAGCCAGCAUGUCUUACGUGGCGCUCUGUGGGAAGAGACUCUCGACGGUGUGGCGGUACGAGCACAACUACGCUGGGACCAACGGGUUGUUCACAUCCCGUUUGGAUGAAUCGCCGGUGGCCACGGCCGUGACGGGCGUGUAUGGCUGGCCCACAUGCAGCGCUUGGAUGUUCAUGGAAACCGACGCGCUCGUCGUCGGCACAUCGAGCGGAAACGUCCUCAUGAUGCGCUUGACCCGCCAAGAGGGCAGCGGCGGCAGGAUAGCGCUGGAGGACUCCCUCAUUGAAACACUAUUUUCUGAGAAUAGAAACAGUAGUACUGUUUUAAUCAGGGAAUUGUUCCCUACACACACAUCCCCAGGCAAGCCUUAG